AAAAGCACGGUAUUGUCAAUUCAAAUCCAAAGGACCGGAAGAACAUUCACACCGUGACUUGGUAUCCCGAAUUCGUGAUAUGUUGUAUUGAUAUAAACUCAUUCAAUUACAUCAAUCCCACCCUAUAACCAUACGACACGAUAUCCUGAUACCAUCGAGUCGAGCUGAGAGGGUUGUUUGUAGAUGCUUUCAAUUCCUAGGAAUUUUAGAGAGAUUGAAACCAAGAAGCAAGCACAUCAAGCAGAAGAAGAAACGAAGUGAUUGGAAAACAAACACGAACCGCAACGAAUUUCAUUGAUAUCGAAAAGCUGCUCCUCUGGUUGAGUUAGAGUCCAGCCCAACGGUAUUCGUUCGGUUCUAAUUUCAUUUCUUGUUUCCUUUCCUUUUCGGAGUUGAGCACAAACAAUAGAAAAAUUUGACACAAAAUCGGAGCGAUGGAAGUCAAUCAACAAGUUUGGCUCCGGCGAGAAUCCAGCCACUGGGGAUGGGUUCCGGCCGUGAUUGUCCGAAAGGAAGAAUUGGGCGACGAUAUUGAACUGACACUCGUAAACGAUAGAAGCUCGGUUGAAGUCGACAAUGGUGAGCCCGAUUACUUUUCGGACGAAGCAGAAUUCACACAAGUGAUGAGGAUAGACAAGGACCAAAUCAAGUCGGYCGAUCACAACGACAUAAAGCUGAGGAAUUUGCCCGCCAGUUUUCUGGACGAGCUAGGUAGCUGUGGUCGAAAUUYUAAUGGAAAGUCUGAAUCCAGACGCAAGUCGAAUUCUAUGACAGUGCGAGGAAGCGGGAGUCCGCGCAUGAAUGGGGAUAGCAUGCCCAUUGGAGGUGUGGACGAUUUGAUUGGUCUCACUCAUCUCCACGAACCAGCCAUUCUUCAUGCCUUGCGAUUGCGGUACGACAGCGAUAUCAUCUAUACUUCCACAGGACCGAUUCUGAUUGCUGUCAAUCCUUUCAAGCCUAUGCCAAGUCUUUAUCAAAGUGAGACUAUGGAGCAAUACCGAAUCCAAGGAGAAAAUUCGAAGAAGGCCAAAUCGGAUACCACCAAUUCUUCCAUCAAAUCCUACAGCACGCCUCGUAAGGGCGUCCGCAGGGCUGCCACUGAACAGGAUACGGGAAGACUAGCUCCCCACGUGUAUCAAACUGCCGAUGACGCCUAUCGACAAAUGCUGCAUGGAUUGGACAAUGCGAAAAUGAUGGAGAUGAAGCAACCAAAUGCGAAGAUGGGACUCAAACGUGGAGAGUCUAGAAUCGAGGAUUCUUCUCCCUCGGAUCAGUCCAUUUUAGUCAGUGGGGAAUCUGGUGCGGGAAAGACUGUCACUACCAAAAUAGUUCUUGAUUAUUUUGCCAUGCUGUCUAAGAAGCGAUCUGAUUCUGAUGGCAACCGUCGAACCAGUGGAGGGAAGCGCAACCAAAGUGUCUCCAUCGAACAGCAGGUCUUGCAGUCGAAUCCCAUUCUCGAGGCGUUUGGUAAUGCUCGGACGAUCCGUAACGACAACUCGUCCCGGUUCGGAAAAUAUAUUGAUAUCUCUUUCACCUCUAAGGGUAAGCUGGUGGGCGCAUCGAUCGAGACAUACCUAUUGGAAAAAGUUCGCCUUAUCCAUCCAGGACCGGGAGAACGGAACUACCACGUCUUUUACCAAUUUCUUAAAGCCGCUAAUGCCUCUGAUCGCCAGGACUUCUUUUUGAACUCGAAAACCUGUCGAGACUUUAGGCUCUUGUCGGAUUCUGGAACUUUUGAUCGCCGAGAUGGUGUUGACGAUUGCGAGACACACCACGAGAUGUUGCAGGCCAUGGUAAGUGCUAUAUUUUAGUUGUAUAUUGCUUCCGUUUCCUUUGGCACAUUGCUUUCACUUACUCACUGUCUCUCACUAAUCGGGAUUAUAGAAAACGAUCGGGUUUUCGGAAGAGACCGUUUACUCUCUUAUGAGACUGGUGUCGGCUAUUCUCUUUGCCGGGAACAUGAGUUUCACCCCCAGCCAGGAUGGCGAAUCGUGUAAACUUGACAAGACUAAGGCAGCCUUGGCAUGCGCCGCUCUCCUGGGCAUCACAUACGAUGGUCUUGCUACUGCUUUGACGAAACGGUCGAUCAAGGCAGCCGGCGAAACGGUGAUGAAAUUGUUGACGAUCGAAGAAUCAGGAAAGGCUUGCGAGGCUUUGAUCAAGGCCGUCUACGGAGCUGCAUUUGAUUUCAUCGUCGAGCAGGUAAAUGCCAGCAUCCAAGCCAAGUCGGAAGCCAGACGAAGUCUUGGUGGUUCUGGUGAUCGAAAAGCAGCUGCAUCCAUAGGGGUGUUGGAUAUCUUUGGAUUCGAGACCUUUGAAUACAACUCCUUCGAGCAGCUUUGUAUCAAUUACACCAACGAGGCCUUGCAGCAACAAUUCAACCGAUAUGUGUUUAAACUGGAGCAACAGGAAUACGAGAAGGAAGGGAUCAUGUGGAAAUUUAUUGAAUUCCCCGAUAACCAGGAUGUAUUGGAUCUAAUUGAUGUCAAGCACACCGGAAUCAUGGCGCUAUUGGACGAACAAUGCAUGUUGCCCAAGAGCACAGACAAUAAAUUCACUCGUUAUUUAUACGCGAGAUGCGAUCGUCAUCCGCGAUUCAGUGCGUCUUCCGCCCAGCGUGUAGAUUAUGUCUUCUCGAUUGAACACUAUGCAGGAUUGGUCGAAUACAGCACUGAGGGAUGGCUUGAAAAGAACAAGGAUCAGCUUCCGGCAGCGGCCUCUGAUCUCAUCAAGAGUUCCGACUUCGAGUUGCUUCUCGAUAUCAAUCGCUUUAUCAGAGCUGAAGACCGUGGUGGGCGUGGAGCCGUUGCGACGAAAUCGGUCAGUUUCCAGUUCGCAAAACAGCUUCGCACUCUCCGUUCUAGAAUUGACAUCACCGUUCCACAUUACAUCCGCUGUCUGAAACCAAACGACGAGUUAUGCCCGGAUUAUUUUGAACCAAAAAAUAUUGUAGAGCAGCUUCGAUGUGGUGGUGUUUUAGAGGCGGUCCGAGUGAGCCGUGCUGGAUAUCCAACUCGAUACCCCCAUGACGUUUUUUCAGCUCGGUACUACAUCUUGGGCAACCGCCAUAAUUCUUCACCUUCUUAUUCACCCGCCUUAAAUUCAGCGCAAGGACCCGAGGAACUCAGAAAACUGAUUUCGAAGAUUUCUUUAGAUUUGUGGCAGAUUGAUCAUGACAUUUAUCUCGCACAACAAGCUUUGGAGCGAAAACGUCGAGAAUCGCAUCAGUUCUACGACGAGGUAGUAACAAAACCACAUCCCACUGCUAUUGGAAACUUGUUGACGGGACAAAAGAGAACUUCCAACCUGGCAGCUACCCACAAAGACAAGAACUUGGUGGUCGAGUCAUCGGCAAUGGCACCAGAAUUCCAGCGCAAGCAAUUACGCAAGACUCUAACAAAUGUCCACAAAGUACCACCAGGUGGAAAGAAGGCCAAAAUGAAAAACCAUCGUGUCAUCCGACCCGAAUCGCGGGAAGAUUUCUUGGCACUAGAUUUCCCUUCCAGGUGCGCUGUUGCUGGACUCCAGCUUGGGCGCACCAAGGUCUUUUUGCGAAGAGAAGCGUUCGAUCGUAUUGAAGGCCUUCGGUCCGAAAAGUUUUUCAAUGCGGCUGCAAUGAUCCAAAAGAUCGUGAGAGGUCGCCAGUGCCAAAUGUGGUACGAAGAUAUGCGUAGUGCUGCUAUUAUGAUUCAAUGUUUCAUGCGAAUUAAGAUCGCCGAACGAAAACUAUCGGCAACACGCCUUCGAAAGGCAGCCGUUGCCAUUCAAUGCGCAUGGCGGGUCUUUGUCUCACGUAUGUAUGUUUUCGAAAUGCAACUGGCACGUCGUACGGCGGCAGUCAUCAUUCAGCGUCAGUGGAGGCUCUACAAAAACGGGCCGGUCAUACCCACCGAGGAAGAAAUUAUUUAUUGCAUUACUCGAAUUCAAGCUAUGUACCGUGGCAAGGUUGGUCGUGUUCGCUUUGCAUUCGAGCAACAGAAACGAGAACGAGAACAUCGUAUGCGUCUAGAAGAAGAAGAGCGCCAAAAACGAAGAGAGCAGAAAGAGAUUGCUCGACAACGACAGCGUCAUCAGCAAGAGGAAGAACGGAGACGGCAGGCCCAAAAAGCUCUCUCACCCGUGAAGGAGCAAGAGCCGGUAGUACGCGAACGACAACUGACUCCUGUGGUCCAAGAACAAAAAAUGGUCAACUACGAUUCAGCUCGACUCGAAGAUUUGUUCCACGAAAUCACUGAAAACAACUGGGCGGUGGUGGAGAAUAUAUUGGACAAGCAGCCUGAACUUGCCGAAGCGGAAGACCCAAAGACCGGAGAAGUGGCUUUGCACAAGAUUUCGCGUCAAUCUUCGGCCUGGACAUUGCUUAUCGACAUGGUUUUGGUUUUGUACCCAAAGGCUCUGAUCCACAGAGACAGAAUGGGAGCUCUUCCUAUCCACCAUGCUUCCGCCCACGACAAUCUCUCGGCAUUGGAGAUUAUAUACAGUGCUUACAAGGAAGGCAUUAACGACACUGACAAGAUGGGACGUUUGCCCAUUCACGUGGCUGCCAAUUAUGAUGCAGUUGAUGCCAUCAAGUUUCUUUUGUCAAUGUCUCCCGAAGGAGCUUACACCAUGGUCUAUCGCCCACCCCACAAUUCGGGUGGGGGACUGCCUCUUCAUAUUGCCUGUCGCAACCACGGAUCGAUAGGCGUUAUUACGGCUUUGCUAGCGGAGAACUUUGCGUCGGCAAAGCGCACUGACGAAAACGGAGAUCUUCCCCUUCACUUGCUACUGAGAUGCGGCGAAGUGGUGGAUCCUGUUGUCGUCAAGACCUUGUUGACGUGUUUUUCUGGAGCAGUUUCACGGACCGAUAUGAAUGGGGACCUACCUCUCGCGAUUGCUAUUAAGCAUCAAUGCACGCCUUCAGUGACUAACGCUAUUUUGAUGCAUUUCCCCGAUGCUGCCGCUGUUCUCGACAGCGAAGGCCACAGUCCAUUACAUCUGGCCUUCAGUCACAAUGCCGAUGAUAGAACCCUCAUGGGUCUAUUAAAUCAUGCUCCCAAUCUCGCGACGCAAGUCGACAAAAAGACCGGUCUUCUCCCCAUUCAAGUCGCUACAGAGAAGGAGCAUUCGCAUUUCAUUGUCCACAAUUUGCUGAAGCGCGAUUUACCCAUCGACGUAAAAGAAAAGGUCCGGGCCCAACUCACGCCACACCACUACUCCUGGAACCACUUGGUCGCAAAUACUGAAGAUUUGUAUUACCAAGUUGUCACGAAGGUUUUACAAUCUUGCACCCAGCCUCAAGUAUUAGCUUUGGCUCACAUCGAAGGCCCCGAUGGCAAGAUUGCCCUAGCAGCUGCAACUCCUGUGUGCAAACACGAGAUGCGAGUUAUGCUCCGUCUUUUCAACACGCUGGAAGUAGUGAACCAACGUCCUGCUUAUACUAACCCUGUAAGCGACACUCAAAUCUUUUACGCUCUGAGGUACGAUCCUCCUCCGCAAGCCAAUGGUGGAGCAUUCACCAUCUUGCACGAAGAAAAGACCGACUCGCACCCUGGCGAUGAUUACGUGGAAGACUUUGACGAUAAUACAAUCAUGUCUAUGGCCUCGAAGAUAAGCACUCGAUCUGCCCUGACGUCAAGGACACAGCACAGUAUCGACKAGAAGCUUCGUUUGAUCCGAAGGGAGAAGGGCCAACAAGUUAUUGCUAAACUCACUUCAAAAUCCGAAAUCGUGGAACGAGAACUGAAGGUUCGAAAGGACUACCACUUGUCGAGACAUUAUGUACCCGCUGUAAUUAGCGUUCACCACACUGUCCAGCAUGCGGCCUAUUCGGAAGCCAUGGCCGAGCCUGGUUACUGUAUCACAAUGGAGGGAGCGGAUACGACUGCAGAGAAUCUCAUGCUCGACAUGCGAAAAAAUGGAAAGCAAUUCCCACAAAAGGCAGUGAAGAGAAUUGGUAUCUCGCUGCUUCAUCUCCACGAACAUGGUCUUGUCCAUGGUGAUUUUGGUACUCAUAAUAUUGGAAAGUUCGGUAGUCGUUGGAAGAUGUUGGGAGUCGGAGGAAGCAUUCCCCUCAGAAGACCUACCGAUCCUUCUCGUGGAUUCUACCAUCCACCGGAAGCGAUCCGAUUAGAACAAAGACGUGGGAACAAUCCGAUGGGUAAGAAGAGCUAUAACGCGAGUGUCGUUUCAGUUCCUGCUCACCCCACGUACGACAUUUGGGCUUAUGGUGUCGUCUUCUACGAAGGUAUUGCUGGGUUGCCGCUAGGUCCCUAUGCCUGCCGCGGCAAGCGUCCCAUGAGCACAAGCGAAGUAUCAAAAAUUGGAUUGUGGGAUGACAACAGUCUACGCAAGGCCUUGAGACAUAUUCCUGACGACGAUAAUGGUAUGGCACGGGAAUUGAUCCGAUUCAUGCUCCAUCCAGACCCUAACAAGCGAGCGACAUCCAUGAGACAGGUGUUGGAACAUCCCUACUUUACUGCUACCCAACAAGCUACUUCCGUCACCGGAAACGAUCAUCAUCAGCAACAGCAACGUCAGUACCAAGGACAAGACGAACGUUUUGCGAGUUUUGACCCCUUCCCGGUCGUCGAAGAAACUGCGCCUGAAUCUUUCCACAAUCGACAGCAGCCGAUGACUAAUCACCCAGAGGUACAGAAGACAGCUUCCAACUCUACUGAUUACAGCAUUGAGAACCGCGAAAAUGGUGUUCGUGGACGUAGAAGCGGUGAGUCGAUGAAGAGCAGCAAGAGCUUUGGUGGGUUUCGCAAGCUCAAAAAUACCAUCCGUAACGGAAUGAGCACAAGCGGCAAGGAACAAUUUUAAUGAAGCUGAUCAAACCACAAAAAUUAAUCACUGUACAAGCAGAAAGAAUAAUGUAGUUCGGGUGUCCGGAAUUUGUGUGCGGAGUCCUGAUACUACACACUAAUUUGAGAAAACAAACUGCAAUAGAAAAUGUAUUUAUUU